AUCCCCAUCUUUCUCCUCUAAAGCCGCAUACAAGCUCUCAAAAGCUGUUGUCUUAGCCGUCGUAACAGCUAACUUAGCCUCUCUCCUAGUUACCUUAUAUUCCUUCUUAUUUGUUUGUCUCUCAUCAUCCCUGCUCUCAACCAACUUAGCAUAUGCCACCUUCUUAGACUCUUCCUUCAUUUUCACCUCUUUAUUCCACCACCAUUCCCCUCGAUGCUUUCUAGAUCGACCUCUCGAGACACUCAACACCUCUCUUGCGGUCUCCUUAAUCCAACUGGAAGUCGUCUUCCACAUACUAUCCACAUCACCUCUACUCUCCCAAGCCCUUUUGCUCCUCAACUUCUCCCCCAUCUCCGAAGUACUAAUCAAAGUUAUGCUUCCCUACUUAAUCCUAGGCCGAGCCUCCACUCUUCUCUUCUUUCUGCCCUUAUUGAUUACCAAGUCCAUUACCAACAACCUAUAUUGAGUCAAAAGAUUCUCGCUAGGUAAGACUUUACAAUCUUUACAUAGCGCUCUAUCACCCUUCCUAAGGACCAAAAAGUUUGAGUUUUGGCCACCAAACUACGAAACGUAAUAAGGUGAUCCUUCUUUUUUGAAAAGCUUGAAUGCUAUCCACAUCCCAAAAGCCCUAGAGAAAUCCAAAAUAGAAGCUCCUCCUUCAUUCUUCUCCCCAAAAUUGAAAUCGUCAUGCACAUUAUCAUAGCCUCUCGUCAAAGACCCAAUAUGACCAUUGAAGUCUCUUUCCAUGAAAAGCUUCUCAGUGCUCAGGAUGCCCCUCACCACCUCGUCCAACACCUCCUAAAAGCCUUUCUUCUCCUCUUCAUCCAAACCUACUUGCAGAGCGUACACACUAACAACAUUCACCGUAGACCCUUCCAAAACCAACUUAAUAGACAUCAACCUAUUACUGACUCUCUUAACCUUUACCACCUACUCCCUAAGUUUUUCAUCUACUAAGAUACCUACCCCAUUUCUACGUCUCACGCUAUCCAAGUACCAAAACUUAUAUCCAUCCACAUCUCUCGCCUUAGUGCCUACCCAUUUAGUUUCUUGGACACACACUAUACUAACCCUCCUCUUUCUGAGAAUCUUCACCAGCUCUAUAGACUUACCUUGAAGCGUCCCUAUGUUCCAGGACCCAAUUCUCAACCUAGAAGCACCUUUAUCCCACCUAGCCCUACUAUCCUUUGCCCCCAACCCUCGACUUGAACCUAGACUCGAUCCCAUCCCCGACCCCGGCCUAUGACAUGACCCUAGUCCGCCAUCUAUUACCCUAGCCACCUCUCAAAAGGAUACGAUAGAAGAAAAUAAAGAAAAGACGACAAAAAACAUUACAAGCAAAAAAGUACGACUAAAAAUAGCUAAAUCAGCAAAUAAAAACUAGCAAGUAGGCUUGAUACUCACAAGCAACAACAAGUACUAUACUACUCACAAGCAACGCACACCUACUAAGUUAUGGAGAAACCAAAAGUAGUAAUCCUAUACGAAUAAUUAAAAGAAAUCAGAAGAGAAAUCAGGAUAGAAAAAGAGACAAGAAGCCUAUACCAAAUAAACUAUGGAAGAAUAAACUAGAGCAGAGUGAAACGAGUGCACCUGGUACUAGGGGAAGAUGCAAUGAAGAUGUUUUCUGGAUCGUUUUGUCGAAUUCCAGCAAAUUGGUGCAGAAAUUGGUCAUCAGAAUUUGUUGUCGCCGCUUUUACCCUACUGUUUGUACCGCGUCCCUGUAACUGGUCAUCGGAGAAUAUGCUGGAUGUCGGAAAAAUGAGAUGUGGUCGUCAGAAUCUUGAUGUCGCCACCUGAAGUGUCAGAUCUAGACUGUAUUACCAGAAAAGGGUUACAAAGAAAAGAAAAUAGAAGAAAAGAAAAAAGGGCAAUCAGUUCGCUGGAAACCAGCGUCACUCACCGAAAAUUGAUGUGGGCACCGAAACUGAUGGGCCACCAAAGAAACCGCUACCAUUUUAGUGGUCGAUGUAAGAAGUGAGAGAGAGAAAGAGAUGGCAGUCAUUUUCGUCGAAAACUGACGUUGCUCUUCAGAAUCUGAUAAGAGUCGCCGGAAUCUGAUGGUGCCUGGUGCAAGUAAUUUAUCAGUACGUGUUUGUGUUGGUGGUUUUGUGUGUUUGGCGGAAAUUGAUUUCACAUCCAUGGGUUCGCCGAAGUAGUAGUCAACGGAGAGACUCUCACCGGAGAGUCGCCGAAAAACGGCCUGAUGAAAGAUCCUACUAAAUUCAAAAGCAAACUGGAAAAUCUUUCAAACAAUUAGGUCUAAUGCCAUUAUCAAAAUCUCUACUCAAUGUAAUCUAGCUAAAGAAAUUGACACACAAUAUGACUUACCCAUAAAACAAACAAUUCAAAUCAAAGAGUUGGGGCAAAAAGAUUACUCAAACUACAAAUUCUAUAGGAAAUUCGCACAAUGAGAAAUAACUUAAUAGUGAAUCCAAUUUUGACCCCAAAUUCAUUCCUAGAUCCCAAAAUUGAAAUCUAAUAAAGUUUACCCAUGAUGGAAACAACUUAGAUCCAUAAGAUGGAGCAAAAAUUCACACAAAAUAGCUUCAAAACUCAAUUUUUUGCACUUUAAGUAGCGCAGAUUUUUUGUGAGAAUAUGGAAAGAUCAACUCCAAAUAAACUUGAUAUUCAAUUACUUUGGACUAUCCCCAAGAAAACCCAAAAACACCUAUUUAAAAAUUUCAACAAAUUUUGAAUCUGAUAUUUUUUUUCUAUUUUUUUUUUUGGAUUUUCAAAAGAUGCAAGCCAAGGAUUAAGGAUUGUAGGAACAAUUCUUAGUCUUGCUCUAACACCAAUUGAUGUAAAACGAGAUACACGACAAGAAAAUUCAAGAGAUAAUCAAGAAAUCGUGAGGAUAUGGAGAAGAAAGAAGGAACAAUCCAUCAAUUGAAGUAAAUUAGAGACUAACAAAUAUAGAUUUGUAAUUCUCUAAUUUGAACAAACAACAAGAAGAUAAAUUCAAGAGAGAAGAUAAUUGAACUCAUACAUGAAUAUCUUACCAAAAGAUAUUCAAGAGAGAUCCGAUGUAAAGAAAAAAGGAUAAACCCAAAAAACUCACCAAAGAGUAUUUAACUAAAAUAGUGUCUAACCUCAAAUAAUUCUCAUCCUAUUCUAUUUAUAGUGUUAGGGUUCACUAAAAUUAAAAAAGACAUAAGUGCCCCUUAAUUACAUAUACAUUAUAUUAUGAUUAAAAGAACCUAAAAUAUAAUGUUAAAUCUUUUCUUGCGUUGGUUCUUUGACUUCCAUACUCUUCUGAAACACUCUUAGACUCUUGAUGUCAUGUUGAAAUUUGCAAUAAGUACUUCUCGAACUUGCAUCACAUAUUCUCAUGUCUGACCGUCGUCUGGGGAUAGAAUCUGCAAAGUUUACUGCAUAUGAUGAUUGAUGCAGACUUUGUUCGUGCUUGCCACAUUCCAAAUAUGACUAGGUUCGUCAUAGUCUUAUCCACAAUUACCUCAUUGAUAAUAUUGUCUAAUGUAUUUGAGUGCCGUUUUACCUUGCACUUCCAAAAACCUUGGUGGGUUUCAUCACACGAACGACGAAUCCCAAGGUAAAGAGAAAUACACAUAAAUAUCUGGAACCUAUAUGAAUGAAUCUAUCAAUCAACUUUGUUCUCCUAUACCCAAAUUGAGGAAUCUUGAUCCAAAAGCAUUCUCUCAACCUCAUAGUGCAAUUCAAAACAAUAUCUUUAAGUAUCUCAAGCUCAAAUUCAAAGUAGCCCGUAAAUGCUCCUGGAGGAGAACAUAAAUCAAGUUUUUUCUCUUACAAUUAAAAGUGAACCAAGAAGAAACCUACUUGAGCGCUUAAUGACAAUAUUUCAAGUUUAGCCGUCAUGGUUGCUGUUAUUCUUUUUUUCAAAAGAUGGUUUCUCGUUACACAUGCUUAAUUUGGUUUCUUCACUUUGCUAAGUAGUCUAUAGAUUUUUUUGUGUUUCCUUUUCCUUUCCAGUCAGAAGAUAGAUGUGAACUACCAAGUUGAUGGAAGUGGAAGUUUAUAGCCUACGAAACCAAUGGAAAAAUUCCUCUAAACUGAAAGCUACUGAUAGAUUUACUGAGACCUCUGGUUCAACUGACUUGGAAAAUAGUGGAGACUGGAAGCAACUACCCAAAGCGAGAGUUCUUAUGAGAAGUCCUAGAAAAACCUGUUCUACAACUGGUUAUGUUAGCCUUUUCCCAUUUAUCCUCAGCCUUAUUCCACCUGACUCAUGGAUACUCGAGAGUCAGCUUGACCUCAUCUCCAAUAGGAGCAUUUUGUGGACCAAUUUUAGGCUUAGAUCCCUAUCCAAAACAAGCUCCAUGUACAUGAAACGGAAUACAGAGCAUGAUCCUCCAUAUUGGAGAGGGCCAAUAUGGACACCGUUGAACUAUUUGAUUGUUUCGUAUCUUCAUCACUACACUCAAGAGCCAAAACCAUCUACAAUGAAUUGAGGAGCAACUUGAUAAGAUUCAUUAUUGAAGGAAAUUCAACACGAAUGAAGAUUAGUAACGACAUGGGAGUGAAGCUUUAUACGGAGGUCAAGAAACAUAUAUCUGAUUUAAUAAUGUAUUCACUAUGCAUACUACAACAGACAAAGAAGUAUGCGAGAUUAUGUUUUGAGGCAAAUACACGUGUAAUUGUGUGUUUGGAAGAUAGGGAAAUGAAUACCGUUGCAUUAUGUUAUGAAUUUAACCAAGUUUGAGGUCCUAUUUGCAAAGAUGUCAAAUUACAUUUGAGACUCCGGAAAAAUGUUCAUAUAUAGUAGAGGAAUAUAAUCUAUUUGGGCUCAUGUUAUGAAGUUUUCUUUUAUUUUCUUAGCUAAAGGUUUAGCAUUCUGGAAUCUCCCUUUUCUAUUUUACCUUUUGUUUCUACGAUGAAUUCUUAUUUCGAUGUAUGUGACUAUGGUUCUCCUUAUCCAGAAAAGGGAGAUUCCAGAAUGUUAAAACUUUAGCUAAGAAAAUAAAAGACAACUUCAUAACAUGAGCCUAAAUAGAUUAUAUUCCUCUACUAUAUAUAGACAUCUUUCCGGGGUCCCAAAUGUAAUUUGACAUCUUUGCAAAUAGGACCUCCAUCUUAGAUAAAUUCAUAACACAUUAGCUGUUGUUGAUAACGUUGAGACCAUGUUAUGAUCGACAUGGUUGUUGACCACAUAAUCACAAAUUGCACCAACAAGGUAGUCAAGGAGAAGCCGUUGUAUAAGGACAAAUCAACUGUCGUACUCUAUAUUGGUCAAGUAUUCCAUCAAUUUUAGAUUUAAUUUCAAAGCCGUGAGAUUGGUUUGUUUAUCUAUGACUAUUCAACUGUGAAUUCAUUCAUGUAUAUGUAAGAAAAAAAAAUUGAAUUCAUUUGUUGUGUGUUUUUGUAUUUAGUUACAUUGCUCUCUAGAUAAGAUUAUAUAUAUUUUGUACAAUCUAGCUAGAGACAUGAAUAUAUCAACUAGCUAUUAACUAUUCCAAAUUUAUUUUAAAAUGAUCAAGUUAUAUACA